CCGGUCGGCCUUGAAGGGGGAAACUAGAAAGCUCUUCUGUAGAAUUAUCCGAGCGGAACUCGAAGAUUCUCGUCUUGGAUUUGAAUUUUUAUCUGCAAAAUGACUGCCAAGUCGAAAAGUAAAACUGACAAGGACUAUUUCUAUAAAGAUGAAAUUUUGAAAGAUGAAAAAAUGAAAGCGCCGGCGGAAGAUCCCCCGUUUACUUUGAAGGACAUCAAGAAUGCUAUCCCACCUCAUUGCUUCGAAAGGUCUUUCUUCAAGUCCACGCUCUAUCUUCUCUUCGACCUAGCCAUGAUAUCGGCAAUGUUCUAUCUGGCAGUGAAAAUGUAUGAUUCGAAUCUACCCUGGUACAUUCAUGUCAUAUUUUGGCCCGUGUAUUGGAUAUGUCAAGGUUGUGUGUCAUUUGGAGUAUGGAUAAUUGCACACGAAUGCGGCCACUAUUCGUAUUGUGACAGCAAAUUCAUCUGUGACUGGCUUGGACUAGUUCUGCAUACUACACUUCUGGUACCGUAUCAUUCUUGGAGAAUUAGCCAUUCUAAGCAUCAUAAGAAUACUAAUCGGAUGGAUGGCGACGAAGCUUUCGUACCUAUGACCAGAAAAGAACGCGAGAAAGAAGAUGAACUAGAAUUCCCAAACGUAUUCCAGCAGCUGUACCAUGUAUUGAAGUAUCUGGUGAUUGGAUUUCCAGCAUACCUGAUGUUCCAUGCAAGAGGUAGAAAAUAUAAUACUAAAGUCAACCACUUCGUGCCUAAAGGUCCUUUAUUCAGCGAGAAGGAAUACAGAGAUGUUAUCAUCAGCGAUAUAGCGAUAAUAAUAUGGCUGGUCGUACUGGGAUAUCUGGCAUUAUAUGUCUAUAGCAUCCAGUGGUUAAUUUAUUUAUAUAUAAUACCAUACUUGAAUGUUAAUAUGUGGCUCGUCAUCGUAACCUAUCUACAACACACAGAUAUCAAAGUACCGCACUACGAUGAUGAAGAGUGGUCAUGGCUUAAAGGGGCGUUAUGUACCAUGGAUCGGGACUAUGGAAUCUUGAAUUACGUGUUCCAUAACUUGACAGAUGCUCAUAUCGCACAUCACCUCUUUUCGUACAUGCCGCAUUACCACAUCAAAGAAGCCACGCAACAUAUCAAACCAAUCUUGGGAAAGUACUACAAUUAUGAUGAUACCCCCGUUUGGAAGGCUCUCUGGAAAAGCGAUUCGUACUGUAGAUUUGUCGAAAACCAUGGUGGUGUUAGAUGGUAUAAAUAUGACAGAGAACAAUGAGUUAUGAAGACAGUAUGGACAAUACCACUGUGAGCAAGACGUCAGGAAACAGUCGAUGACAUGGUAAAAGUGAAUGAUAUACACCUACUUGCAAGAACGUCAUACGAAAAUAGAACAGUGAUUUAGUGGGAUAGGAAUUAUAUUAAAAAACAAAAUAUCACUAAGCUGAACUUUUUCUUUUGUCUUUUAAUGUAUUCCUUUCUUACUAAAUUACGAAUGUUCUAAUAUCGUAUGACAACGUUCUUGCAAGUAGGUGUAUACUUGAAUUGUAAGACAAUGGUGGUUUGAGAUGGUGUGACGACAGUGAAGAAUGAGUUAGCACAACGUCAGAAAACAGUCUUUGUCAAGGUAAAAGAGUGUGACAUGCUUAAAUUAUAAGAAUAUUGUGGUGUUAGAUGGUGUAAAUAUGAUGACAGAGAACAGUUAGUCUACUGAGAAGACAUUCAGAGCAGUACCAUUCUAAAGUAUAGACAGUAUCAUGAGAACGCUAGGUCAGGGAACAGGCGUUAACAUGGUAGCAGCGAACAGAGUGACAAUGGUUUGUGGAUAAAGCGGGUCGUAUAAAUAAGACAGAGAAGAGUAGACUUUAGAGUAUAGAUGGUAGACGCUGACCAUACCUCUGGAUCCAGACCAGUCAUGGAAACGGAGAAUGCAAAUUGUACAUAAAUCAGGUAUAUAACGAAACAGCUACAGUGCAACUAUACUGUAACCGGGGCCACUUAGAUUAGUUAGACAAGAGAACCAAUUAAAAUCUUUGGAUAGUCGAGCCAAUCAGAAGCCUAGAAUGCACAAGAAUGGUAAAUUGACCUGGUGUUACGUCUAAAUAAAUCGAACUAAAUAACUGUCUUUUUUUUCAUGAGAUAAAAUGAGAUUACAAAGACACGUUAAACGGCUAUUGUUUCUGCUGCUUCCUGAUUGGCUUUACUACCCAAAGUUGUAAUGUAUUGUUUUGAUUCUACAAUUUGAUUUGUUCUCGCUGUCUAACUAGCCCCGGUUAUAGUAGUCGUACUGUAAGAUAAUGGAAAGAUAAGCAAGUAAUGCCAAUCAAAAGGCUUGGAGGAACACCAGUUCAGAUGAAAAGAAGACGAGAACGACAGCGAUUCCCGUGGGUGUGGGGAUGGGGAGUUAUAAGUAGAGCUCUUAAGCGUGGCGUCAUUCGUCCAACGUUAAAAACAGUUCUCAAUAGAAUAGAUUACUUUUUUAACGAUUUUAGUGGCCUUUGGACCCGGAAAUACGUGAUAACUCAAAAUCUUUUUGAUAUAUGUAAAAUUUUGAGCGAAAUCUUUAUUGAGUUUUCUUACAUCGAAAAGCUUUUACCGCUGUCAUUUUCAGAGUUCAAAAUUCAAACGUUUUCUCUCUGGCUCGUUUUCUCUCUCGGCUAAUGAUUUAACGUCCUUAUCAACAAUUGAGAUUUUGACAGCUUUUGAAAGCUACAUUAUAUAUACAUGAAUGUUAUGAAAACCUUAGACUAGUUGUCAGAAAUUAUCUAUAAAAUAUGAUGAACCAUUUUUGAACCUAUACUUCUGCGUUUUAAUAGUUUGGAUUUUUGGCAUACGGACCUUUUUCAAAGUUUGACGAGACACAAAUUGGGCUUCGUCUGAGGUCUGAAAAGCGAAGUGAUAACAGCGCUAUAUACGAUGCCUUGCAAAAGGAUUAUUAUAAAUAUUUUAUUAUUACCAAAUUAACUCAUAGCGUUCCUCUUAUUCAUCAUUUAUACAUUUUCCCCCGGAUUUUUGAUUAUUCUAAAUAACGUUGGAAUUCAUAAUGAAACAUUUGUAUUCAAACAAAGUUUACUCAUAGUGUAGUAUUGUAUAGAAGAUCGAUUAUUUCUGUGAUAUUUGAAGUUUUAAAAGCAUUGAAUGAAUUAUUA